AUGAUAGAAAUAAGUUUAAAUAACUCCAAGAAGUAAGAUAAUUUGGUUAACGAAAAAGCUGUAAUAUUUAUAUAAGCUAAUUGGAGAAGUUGUUUAGCUAGAAAGAAACAAGUCAAAAUUUAGAAUAAAGAUUAAUAAAAUGAGUCAAGUCAGGAAAAUAACAAUAAUAGUGAGAAUCCAUAAAAUACAGAUAGUUCUUAAAAGGCUAGAGAAGAAAACUAAUCAAAUUUAUAUGAAUUAAAUAAUAUUCAUGCUCCAAACUAAGAUUAUAGGAAACUAGAUAGAAUACCAGAUUAUUAGAUUGAUGAAGUUAAAUAAGUUUUAAGUUCAAUCGAACCAUUUUUGUACGAUUAGGAAAAGAAUGAAUUUAAAGAAUUACCAUUUUUAGAACCUUAUGAAUAAAAAAACAAUGGUUGUGUUUAUAAAGGAUAAUGGAAGAAUGGACUUCGACAUGGUAGAGGAAUGUAAAUUUGGCAAGAUGGCUCAAUAUAUGAAGGAUAUUGGUACAAGAAUGUUGCUUAGGGAAAGGGAAGAAUGGUUCAUCCUGAUGGAGACUUAUAUGAGGGAGCAUGGAAAAACGACUUAGCACACGGAUUUGGUAAAUAUGUGCGUAUGGAUGGAGCUUAAAGUGAAGGAUAUUGGUUAAAAGAUAAAUAGAAUGGAUAUGGGAAAGAAACAUGGCCAGAUGGUGCUCGUUAUGAAGGAUAAUAUAAGAAUGGGAAGAAACAUGGCAAGGGUACAUUUAAAUGGGCUGAUGGAUCUGUAUAUGUUGGUGAAUUCGAUUAAAAUAAUAUUCAUGGAAAAGGAGAAUACUAUUGGGAGGACAACAGGAAGUAUGUUGGAGAAUGGAAAAAUAAUAAAAUGGAUGGAAAAGGAGUGUUUACAUGGUUUGAUGGUAGGAAAUAUGAAGGAGAAUAUAAAGACGAUAAGAAGCAUGGUUAUGGGGAGUUUCAAUGGCCUGAUGGAAGGAUAUAUAAGGGAUAGUGGGUGAAUGGGAAAUAUCAUGGUAUCGGGAUUUAUAUUGGCUCUUCGAAAGUAGAAAAGGAAGGAGAGUGGUAAGAUGGGAAGAGAAUACGUUGGAUUAAGAAAGAGGAGGAAUCAUUUAAAGAAGUUGAUGAUUGAAAUUCACUAAUUCGCAAUCAUUAAUAUUUUUCAAUCAACUUAUUUAA